CUCGCUUUUCUAUAAUGAAAUCGUUUAUUUUUAAGUUAUUGAUAGUUGUUGCACUGGUGUCAGCCCAGUCCUUGAAGGCUACGACAGAUUCGACUGCCACAAAGAGUGCUGCGGAUCUCAGAAAAGCAUACAAUGCUGCUCUGGCCAGAAUUAUCGAGAGCGGAGAGUACUUGGAUAUCAAAAACAGAACCCAGAUGAAGGAAGUAAUCGCUUGUAUCACGUGCGCUCCUGACUCCACCCAGACGAACUAUCCUGCCAAGGACAAGGUGACUGGCCGUCUGAAGGAUAUUUUGGACAAGAAGCUGGUGAAAAUCGCCGGCCUUUAUUACAAUGAUAUGCCUGCUGGAGACUACACUGUGAAACCCCCAGUAGGAUUCUGGCCUGAGUACGCUCGUGCCAUUUUUAAGCGUAUUGGUGACUAUUAUGGAGUGGAGAUUGCGAUUGAGUGGGUAUUGUUCACGCAGUCCAACGAUAUUAUGGCCUCCGUUCGUAGUGGAGAGAGUGAUCUGACCGAUUUGUACAUGAUUCUUUCUUCCUUCUACAACGGAAAGGACCGUAUUGAGGCUUUCUCCGUGUCCUGCUCCCCUGGUGGAUACGAGUCCACCAUCUCGGUAGCCAAAUCUUCCAAUGUUUUGAGCAUGCUGGAACUGAACAAUCUCAUCGAUCAAGGCAACAACGUGAAGGUUGGAGCUCUGUCUGCUGCUGAUUUCAACUCGGUGAAGCCCUUCUUCUCUGCGAAGGCUCAGCCCGUGACGUUUGAAAGCGUGAAGAUUAUGCGCGAGAAGCUGCUUAGCGGCGAAAUCAUUGCUGGAGUUACCUCAACCAAUCCUGGAGAUACUGAUGAGAUCAUUACGUUCCGUAGCGGUGUCGUGUCUCCUCGAGCUUCCAUGUUCCUGGCGGAUAUCGAUGCUUUGGAGGAUCAGAACGAAAGCAAGCAACUCCCAACAAUCACUUGGAUUAUUAUCCUGGUCGUUUGCAUUGCAGAUGCACGAAGAAAACUCGUGCUGCUAAGCUUCCAACGGUUAGUAGUUAGAGUUGUUUGUUCAAACAAAUAA